AUGGCGGCGGCGGCGGCGGCGCCCGCGCGGAGUCAGCGCGUCUUCCUCAACCACCUGGACUCGUACUGCGGCCGCAGCGUCGGCGAGUAUUUAUCCAAAUGUGUCGUUGGGGCAUCGCUUGAAGACGUAGGAGAGGAUGAUGAGGAAGAAGAAAAUGCGUCGGAUGGUGACGUUUCUAACUUGAAAGGAGGCCCAAGGCCAAAGGAGGGAGUCUACCAAAUAGUGGGGACUCUUUCCAAAGCAGAGAGCAAUAAACCAUCUUUUGCAGAGGAAACCUAUGCAGUUUCUUCUCGAGAAGAACUUUUAAGUCAUUUGCUUGAGUGUGAGGUCAUUUUAUAUAAUAUCACUGAGGACGUAAAUCAAAUUGAGGAAGCAACAUGGGCUGCCUCUGCACUACAUACAGAGAUGCAGCGUUUUGAGACACUGAAGAUAUUCAUUCUCAUUUCAACAACAAUGAGCUGGGCAAAAAGCAAACCCCUUGAUCCAGAGGAUUCAGAAAUUGCUUUUACUGAUGAAGAUUAUCGCAGAAGAAAAUCUCAUCCAAAUUUUAUAGAUCACAUAAAUGCUGAAAAACUUGUUCUCAAACUUGGAAAAACUAACAAACAUAAAUUUUCAACUUACGUUGUUGCUUCAGGACUUCAGUAUGGAGCUGGAGAAGGAAUCUUGCAUUACUUUUUUAAGAUGGCUUGGCUUAGUGAGACUCCUGCAAUACCUGUAUUUGGAGAUGGAAACAAUUUUAUUCCAACCAUUCAUGUUCUUGAUUUAGCAGCGGUGUUGCAAAACAUAGCAGACCAUAGGCCAAAGACUCACUACAUAGUAGCAGUAGAUGAAUCCAUGCACACUCUUAAAGAAUUAAUAAAGUGUAUCAGCAAAAAUGUUGGACCUGGAAAAAUUGAGAUGAUUCCAAGAGAAAAUGCAUUCUUGAGCAAAGAGUUAACACAAUCACAGCUGGAUAUGUUGUUUGUGAACCUACGAAUGGAAGCUAUGUUUCUGAAAGACAAUUUCAACAUUAAGUGGGUUGCUCAGACAGGAUUGGUGGAGAACAUUGAAGAAAUCAUCAAAGAAUACAAGGAACGUCGAGGGUUACUGCCUCUCAAAAUUUACAUUCAUGGUCCUCCUGGAGUUGGAAAAUCUACCAUUGCUGAAAACCUCUGCAAGCACUACAAGCUACAUCACAUUAAAAUAAAAGAUGUGAUUUCUGAAGCAAUAGCAAAUCUGGAGAAAAUUGUGGCUCCCAAAGAAAUAGAUGCAGAUGAUUUGGUAGAAGAGGGAGAUGAUGAUGAAGAGGAGGGUGAAAAUAUAGAAGCAGCACAGGAGUUAUUAGAUGGAAUCAAAGAAAGCAUGGAGCAGAAUGGAAGCAGGAAACAUCAAGUACUAAAAUGGGAUUUAGGUCAUCUAGAUGAUCAGUAUGUUAUUAAAUUCACAAAAGAUAAACUUAAAACUAUGCCUUGUAGGAAUCAGGGAUAUGUUUUGGAUGGGUUCCCAGAAACCUAUGACCAGGCAAAAGAUCUUUUUAAUUUGGAAGAUGAAGAUGAGGAAGAGGAAAUAAAAGGCAAAAUACCUAAAUAUGAUAAAUUAAUCACACCUGAAUUUGUUAUUUCUUUGACUGCAACUGAUGAAUUCCUUAAAAACAGAAUAAUAAAUCUCCCAGAGAGUGUUGUCGCUGGAACUCAUUAUAUUCAAGACCAGUUCCUGAGAUCUCUUAAUCUCUUCAGAGAGUUAAACACAGAAGAUGAAACUGUUCUCAACUAUUUUGAUGAACUUGAAAUAUAUCCUCAGAUUAUUGAUGCAGUCAAACUUGAAGAUCCUGAGAACAGAAUUAUUGUAAAAGAGAUCAUCAAAGAAAUUGGGGAACCUCGGAAUUAUGGUCUGACAGAUGAAGAAAAAGAAAAAUUAGAACGCAAAGCAGCUGAGGAACGCCUUGCCAAAGAAGCUGAAGAGGCAGCUGAGCGAGAGCGUAAAGAAGCUGAGGAAAGGGCUGAAAGGAGGGAAAAAUGGGAAGAGUGGAACAAACGUCUGGCGGAAGUGAAGAGACAGGAAGAGGAGUUACUGCAGGCCCAGUCCAUUCCAUUACGAAAUUAUUUAAUGAAGCAUGUCAUGCCAACACUUAUGCAAGGGUUAAAUGAAUGCUGUAAGAUCAGGCCAGAUGACCCAGUUGAUUUUCUGUUACACAAUCUAGCUAAGCAGGAUAUUCUUGCCUUGAUCCAUAGUGGAAGCAAGCAACUUGACUGAGAAAAAAUUUUCUUCCAAAAAAGAAAGGUUGUUUUUACUGAAAAUGGAAAAGAAUAGAAGAAACAAGUUCUUUUACUUCCUUUGCUCAUUAGAAGAGAGGCUUCCAUCACUAAGAACAUGUUCAGUCCUGCAGUAGUUUCAAGAAAAAUAACAAAUGAGAAUUUUUAACAGGACAUCUUCUCUUUGCCCAUCAGCUGACAACAAACAAAAGGCC